ACGUACAUAGAUUAUUUUAAUUGAAAUGUGGGAGAAAUGACGAAAACAAGAUCCAGACUCUCUCGUUUCAUAAUAUGUUUUGGGAAACUCCAUGAGACUAGUGCAAGAGUAAUGAAACAACACCAUGAAGUUGGCUUCAAAAACAGUGUCAAAGGUAACCCUUCAUCUUGGCAAAAGGUAGUGAAAUCCAAAUUUGGAAGGCAGGCAAAUUGACGAGGACAGGUCGUAGAGAGAGGAGGCUAGAUUUCGAUAAACAGAAAGCUACAUGUCGUUGCUGAAGAGACGUCAAUUUGGGGCGUGGAAGUGGUGCGCAACUAGUCAAUACUACCAGAAUUAAAUUGAAAAUUACUUGACAAGUCUUUUGACAAUUAUGGCCGUACAGACAUGCACAUUUAACUAGUUGGCAGCAACCGUCUGAUUUAUGAACCACAAUUAGUACUCACAGGAUUAACACAUUUUAUCAUUCAACUGGCAUGCAUGUCCGGAGAGCUUCCUUGACCUUCAAGCUACCUCCUUAAAUCUUCAACUCUCUCUCUCUCUCUCUCUCUCUCCCCCAAGUUUUUGCAUCCAAAACCUUAUAGAAUUCGAAAACGCCGAUGAAGAACCAGAUCCCGUGGUCGACGAUUGGGAUCGUGGCGGCGUGGUACGGCUCCAACAUCGGCGUCCUGCUUCUCAACAAGUACUUGCUCAGCAACUACGGGUUCAAGUACCCGGUCUUCCUCACCCUCUGCCACAUGGCCGCCUGCUCCCUGCUCAGCUACGUUGCCAUUGCGUUCAUGAAGGUGGUGCCCAUGCAGAGCGUCAAGUCCGGCGCACAGCUCCUCAAGAUCGCCGGGCUCAGCGUCGUUUUCUGCUUCUCCGUGGUCUGUGGGAACGUGUCGUUGAGGUACCUUCCGGUUUCGUUUAACCAGGCGAUCGGGGCCACCACACCCUUCUUCACCGCCGUCUUCGCCUACGUGGUGAGCAGCAAGAUGGAGGCUUGGGUUACUUACUUGACUCUCGUGCCUGUCGUUGCAGGGGUCAUCAUUGCAAGUGGGGGUGAACCGAGUUUCCAUCUGUUUGGGUUUAUCAUGUGUGUUUCGGCUACAGCUGCAAGAGCAUUAAAGUCAGUGCUUCAGGAUAUCUUGCUGUCCUCAGAUGGAGAAAAGCUCAACUCUAUGAACCUGCUGCUGUACAUGGCACCAAUAGCUGUAGUUUUCUUACUUCCAGCAACACUGUUGAUGGAGGAAAAUGUGGUUGAGAUCACAGUAGCCCUUGCCAGAGAAGAUAUCAAAAUAGUCUGGUAUUUGCUUUUCAAUUCGUCGCUAGCAUAUUUUGUCAACUUGACCAAUUUCUUGGUCACCAAACACACAAGCGCUUUGACCCUCCAGGUUUUGGGGAACGCGAAAGGAGCCAUUGCUGUGGUUGUCUCAAUAUUGAUAUUCAAAAACCCAAUUUCGGUAAUUGGGAUGGCAGGCUAUGGGCUUACAGUCGUUGGAGUUGUAAUGUACAGUGAAGCCAAAAAGAAGAACAGAUGAAAAACUUGUUCAUGGGGUCUUCAUGGAAGCACAGUCUAUCUUCUCCAACUUUGUGUGUGCAGUACAGGGCCAGCAUCAAGGCUUUCAGGACCAUUAGGAUGCGUUUGGUUUGCGGAAUGAUCAUUCCAUUAAAAAAAAAGAAUGGUUUUUAUUAUGAAUAAGAAGAGAUUGAAUAGAAUAGCAUUGGUGUUAGAGUAUAUGAUAAGACUCUUAACACUUGGAAUAACCAUUCUCAUUACCCAUGAGGGAAUGAGAAUAGCUAUUCUAAGUAUAUUUCAUUCCAUUUUUUUUUUUCAUUUUCAAUUAAAGCUAUUAAUUUUCUUUAAUGAAAUAGUCAUUUUGUAUACCAAACAUACUUUAAAUGUUUGUUUGGUCUCUAGCUUAAGGCUGAUGCCUAUAUUGUGCCGGCCUGCAUAAUUUUUACCCUAUGGAAGCUUGGAAGAGGAGUUUCCAUGGUUAUAGUUUGUGGCACCUCUCAAGUCUUCAAACGGAUUUGUCUUAGCAUUUAAAACCACCACCCCAACACAUCAGGCUACUAGCUUUUUGUUUCAGGGCAGAUUUGGGCCCAAACAAAAUAGAUCAUUUUUUGACAGAUUUUCUAUGUUUUUUUCAACUCAAUCAUUGUUACCAUGCAUGUGAGUUAUAUAGAGGAGAGCUGUAUAAUGUUUGUCAAACUAUCUAUCAGGGCCAUAUUUGAUAAUUUCGCAUGGAUUUAGUGGAUUAUUGGAAAAUGUUUGAGUGUAC